AGGUCAGUGGUGUGCGUUUGCCGGCGAGUGGCGACCCCAACAAUCAAGUGAUCGGGCAGGAAGCGGGGCGGAAAAUUGAAUUAGUAAAGCAAUGAAAGGCGUCUUAGCGGCGCCGGGAGAUUAUGUCCACUUCAAGUCCCAAGUUCCUCUCCAUAAGAUCCCCGGAUACCGGGUGAUCUCUAUCGAUAUUCCACGUGUUUGGAAUCAUAUAGAAUGGAUUCAGGAGUUUGACAAGUUCUUAGAUGUCAUCCAUGUUCAUCAUAUGCAUCUCUAUGGUACAUCUCUUGGAGGCUUCUUGGCUCAAAUAUUUGCUCAGCAUCGUCCAAGGCGGGUGAGAUCAUUGGUCCUGUCAAAUACAUUUUUGGAUAAUCGGAGUUUUGCAGCUGCUAUGCCAUGGGCACCUUUGUUAGAAUCUAAAUUCAUGAACUUACUCCUUAAAGAUUGUCAUUUCCUGAUGGUUGAAACACUUUCGAAGGAUGAUCUUGCGUCAAGGCUGACAUUGAAUGUUGAUGCCACAUCAGUUGGAUCUCUUCUCCUUUCAGAUCAAUUCAUCACUAUCAUGGAUGGGACCGGUGGAAGUCGAAGCAGAGAGAAAGAUGAGAAGGAAGAAGAUGAUCGAGAUGGUCAAUCAAAAGAUGGAGGGAACUCUGCAGAAAGCUCUUCUUCAGGUAGCGAUCCGCUGCCUUUGCCUCCUCCAGAGAGUUCUGAAUCACAAAGCACCUGCACCAGUGUUGAUGAGCUCCUCAACAAGGCUGUUUUGACCGCACGGAGAUAUGAUGCAGCGGAGGCAUUUGCUCAUCACUUGGUUGCCUCUUGCGUGGGAUAUGUGUACAUUUGUUUGAACUAUGGUUCGGAUUUCAGGCAAAUGCUGAUGUAG